UGCUACUCUCUCCUGCUAUCGGGUUGGUCUUUAGGGCACUGAAGGAAACUCCUUUUCAGAAAUAACCUUUUAACUUUUCUUGUGUCAGCGGUCUGCCAAUCACGGAGCCAGAGGCUGAGUGGAGUCUCUGCGCCGGGCUGCGAGUCGCGAAGGCAAAGAUCGCGAAGCUUGGCGCUCAGAGCGCUCUGGGGCCAGGUGACACAGUCGUGGAUUCCCGGCGGGCGCCGGCCUGACAGCUUCCUCCCCGCCCACUGGCAGGAGCGCCCCGCCAGGCUGCACGCGCGCGCGCGCAGGGGGGUGACAUAAAAGCCGCGGCCGCGCGGAGACGCGGAGUUCGCCCACCGCGCGCCCCAGCAGCGGCUGCACCAUGCACGUGAACGGCAAAGUGGCGCUGGUGACCGGCGCGGCGCAGGGCAUAGGCAGAGCCUUUGCAGAGGCGCUGCUGCUCAAGGGCGCCAAGGUAGCGCUGGUGGAUUGGAAUCUCGAAGCAGGUGUACAGUGUAAAGCUGCCCUGGAUGAGCAGUUUGAACCUCAGAAGACUCUGUUCAUCCAGUGCGAUGUGGCUGACCAGCAGCAGCUGAGAGACACUUUUAGAAAAGUUGUAGACCACUUUGGAAGAUUGGACAUUUUGGUCAAUAAUGCUGGAGUGAAUAAUGAGAAAAACUGGGAAAAAACUCUGCAAAUAAAUUUGGUUUCUGUUAUCAGUGGAACCUAUCUGGGCUUGGAUUACAUGAGUAAGCAAAAUGGAGGUGAAGGAGGCAUCAUUAUCAAUAUGUCAUCUUUAGCAGGUACCUCUUCUGUGUGCAGACACUUGAGAUCCUGGCUAGCAGAAGUUCUGCUAUCUUUAGCAGGGAGCUCCCAAACUUACUCCAGAACUGGUGGAUUCAUUUGCCUCUAGAAGAGAGAGAAAAGAAACAUGGAGGAGGCAUGGCUACUCUUUGAAAAACCCAAAGUUGAAUAAUGGCAGACAUUAUUCUGCUCACAUUUCAGUAUAGAACUUGAGCUUACAUUUUACCUAACUAUAAGAGAAUCUGUCUGGGAAAUGCAGUCUAGAUGUGUGCCUAAGAGAAGCAUGGAUUUCAGACGGCAGCUAAUCAUCUUUCCCACGGCAUGCAAUCCUAAACUAUAUUUUUUUCAGAGCAGUAUGAUUUAGUAUCAGCUGAUAUCUUAUCCCUCAAUACUAGCUUUAAACUUGUGACUGGAUUUUUUGGAGCAACUGAGUCAAGUAACUUUACUUUUUCAAACUCUAGGAAAAAAUCAUCAAUGGCUCUUGAAUAGUUCAAAUGAAAUUGUGAGGUUUAGGAAGUCUGAUCAAUAUGGACAGCAAAUCUAAGCUGUGUCCAAAAAAGUGAGGCUUUUUAAAAUUAUCUUCUUGGUUUUAGUGUGGUGAUUUGAAAAUAGAAAUUUCAGCCCCAUGCCCACCCCAACUUGGCAUCCCAGCUCCACUGAUUUGGGAAGUUGGGUUUGGAGGUACCUGAGACUGAACCGCUGUCUAUUUCUCAGUCUUUUUCUCACCCCUCUAGGAAUGAUUGUAAGAUGGCCCUUUCACAUCACUGUAUAAAGCUGCCGCCAAAGGAUAUUUAGAAGUCUCCUUUAGAAGUUCUCAAAAAUAAACUAGCAUCUCAUUUUCUGGGCUGCUUAAAAUCAAAAUCAUGUCCCUAAAGCUAUUACAAACCUAAUUCUAUACAUUUUUUCAGGGUAAUCAGGUUAUUUUUCCUAGUAGUACAACUACUCAUAAAUUAUAACAUUUUAAUUCUAAUGGUACUUUAAAAGGUGAGAGCAUGGUCAAUAUUUUAAAGGGAUAUGUAUUCCGGAGAGGGCCAGAUGUUAAGCUGUGGGAGACUGAAACCCUAACGCAAAUUAGCAAAGUUAAAUCUAUACUGUUUUGAAAUAAAAUUAUAAGAAAAAAACAAGUGACUGGAGAAUUAAAAAGAGAUAUUUAAAGUUUCCUUAAAAGUUCAAAUCUUUAAAAACUUGCUGGGGCUGUGAUCAAGAUUGAUACUUCUGUGUAUUCUUUCUAUAAAGCUAAGAGGGCCAGCGAAGUUUGCAGUACCACGAAUAUCAUACAGGGAGCCCCUGUAUGAUAUAUCACCAGAGGCACUGAUUUCAUUCUUUGAAAGGUUGAAAGCUUCAGGGUUGGAUCAGUUUAGGACGAUCUGGGAGAAAUUCUGUACCAUACUAGGGUGCUUACAUGCCCCAGAGAGCACGAAUAAAGAAAUGCAAUGUAGUAUUGCUGCCUUUUAUCUGAUUAAAAUAUUUAAAUACAUAAUGUUAUUCGUUGA